AAUUUCCCUACCGACUUCGCCGUGCCAAGUCGGAAAAGUCUGUGUUGCUGGCACGAUGGGAAGGAAGGACAUAAAGCAGAUUCUGUGGACGGGCGAAAUGGACGAGGCACUACUUAAGGAGGUUGUACGACUAGGGCCAUUCGAAGUAGGGCAUGGCAAAGUCACUGCAACGUGGGCCAAGGCAGCCGUUGCCAUGCACGAGUACGAUCCCAAUCUCUCUGGCCGCAUCUGCCAGGCCCGAUGCGACACAAUUCUCCACGACUUUGCCCGUGACAACCAGGCAAGCAUGCGUGCCUCUGGCGUUUAUGAAGACGAUGACGACAUGACAAAGCUCAAACAAGACGUAUUGGACAUACGCGAAGACAGCAAGAGCAAGCGAACAAGAAAGCACGAGAACGAGCAAGAUCGCCAAGACGAGCUGGAACUAGCGGGCGAGAAAGCAUGCAGCGAGGCAGAGGAGUGGGUCUCAAAGCGGAUGGCACUUGGCGUUGCGCCGACGGUCUCCAAGCGGGACGCCAGUCGUGAGCCCACGGACUUGUUGCUGGCGUUUGAGACCAAGCGUCACGACGACGACCACGCCUAUCGAAUGCAAAGGCUGAAAUUCGAGCAGGACGAACAGGAGAUUCGGCGAGCUGAACAAAGACAUAUGUCCAUGUUGCUAGAGAAGCUGAUUGAUAAAUUGGGAAAUUUACUCAGUGCUGUCAUGAAUUGUUGUACGUCAUGGUUUUUAACAUUCACGGAAAAUUGA